UCAGACUCAAACCCUCUCACUACCGGCGACAUUGGUGACCGGAGAACAAAGCUAAUCACACCCACCGCCAUGGACGGCAGAGACACCAAGGGCUCCUCGCCCCCACCGAAGCCCUCCAAGUUCUCCGUGUACCAGAACCCAACCCUUUCCGCCGCCCUCACCGCCAACAGCCUCCGUCCUCCAAAACAAGCCCUCCUCAUCAUCUUCUCUCUCUCCUCCCUCUCCGCCGUCGCCUUCCUCCUCAUUCUCUCCAGGGAGAAUGAGUUUGUUAACACUAUGAAGCUCAAUGUUCUUUCGCAAGAGGCAGCCUAUUUGUUUGUCAAAGUGGUGCAUACAGUUGUGGGAUUAGUGUUUUUGGCUACUCUAGUUGCACUCUUUAGAGUCAUUUCAUUGAGAAAUGCCGCUGUUGUGCCGACUGUAUCUUCCUCUAAAGGAACUAAGGAUAAUAUGGGGUUGACGAGUCGACAGCUAGGACUACUAGGAAUUAAGCCGAAGGUUGAACAAGUUGUAUCUGAGUCUGCAAAGAAACCUCCCAAGUCCAAACCCUACUCGUCUUCCCCUUCAGAUGUCCUAGUUCCACUUCAUCCGUCAAUUAGCAGUUCAAAUCGUUUGUCUCGAAUUGUCUCGGAUAAGUAUAACACCAGUGGGAACGGCAGUCCUUCUAAAUCACCCAGUUCAGCUUCUUCUCUGUAUCUUGUCCCAGGGGCAGUUUCACCAAUGUCUUCCUUUCAGAAUUCACCUGGAGUGGAUUCGGUGGUGUCUUCUCCUUGGUCAAGUAAGCGAAUCCCUGGAAGAGAGAUGAUGUCAGAAGAAAAGUUUGAACAAUUCUUGGCAGAUGUUGAUGAGAAAAUCACACAGUCAGCAGGGAAACUGGCAACUCCACCACCCACUAUCAGAAGCUUUGCUGUAGCCAGUCCCAGUUCAGGUAAUACAUCUGGAACUACAAGGAGUACACCACUGAGGGCUGUGAGAAUGUCUCCAGGUUCCCAGAAGUUCACCACUCCCCCAAAGAAAGGGGAAGGUGAGCUUCCUCCACCUAUGUCCAUGGAAGAAUCUAUUAAUGCAUUUGAUCGUUUGGGCAUCUAUCCGCAAAUUGAGCAGUGGCGUGACAACCUCAGGCAAUGGUUUUCUUCAGUUUUGCUUAAUCCCCUACUUCAGAAGACUGAGAGCAGUCAUAUUCAGGUAAUGGAAGCAGCUUCCAAGCUUGGGAUAGCACUCACAAUUAGUCAAAUUGGAAGUGAUUUACCGACUACUGGAACUACUUCAGUGUCUUCAACCGACAGGACUAAGGAAUGGCGACAAACAUUAACUCUUGAUGAAGAUGGAGUUAUGCAUCAAGUACGAGCCACUCUUCUCCAAUAUAUCAAUGCUUCCACCUCACAGCUGCCUCAAGCAAAUCUUCAACAAACUCCACAGCAGAAUAUGGUGCCUAUUAUGCAGGCGUGUGUGGAUGCGCUCACUGAACACCAGAGACUGUAUGCAUUGAUGAAGGGAGAGUUAAUCAAAGGUUUGCUACCGCAAAGUAGCAUUCGAGCAGAAUACACAGUACAAAGGAUUCGAGAGCUUGCUGAAGGAACCUGCUUGAAGAACUAUGAAUACCUUGGAAGUGGAGAGGUAUACGAUAAAAAGAACAAGAAGUGGACUGUUGAACUCCCAACCGAUUCUCACUUGCUCUUGUAUUUGUUCUGUGCUUUCCUCGAGUACCCAAAGUGGAUGUUACAUGGGGAUUCUAUAUCUCAUGCUGGAGCUCGGUCUAGCAAAAAUCCCCUCUUCUUGGGACUUCUACCACAAAAAGAAAGUAUUCCUGAGAAGUACAUAGCAGUUGUAUCAGGUGUCCCUUCUGCUCUCCACCCAGGGGGUUGUGUUCUUAUUGUUGGACGGAAGAGCCCCCCAGUUUUCGCCAUGUAUUUGGAUAAGAAGUUGUUAUUUUCUAUUCAGGGAAUGACUGCACUGUGGGAUUCUAUAUUGCUUCUUUGCCACAGCAUUAGGACUGGGUAUGGGGGAAUUGUCCGUGGCAUGCAUCUCAGUUCUUCAGCCCUAAGGAUCCUCCCUGUUCUUGAUUCGGAAACUGAAGGCUGACGGAACCAAAUAUCUUUGCACUUUUCUUACAUCACCAACAGGACUCACGGAUCAUGUUUUGAUCAGCUCAUCAAGGCAUCCAUUUCAAUGCGGAACCAGCCAGUUGGAAAAUUUCUUCUGUUCUUAUAAUGCUGGCCUCUGCUGGUGAUGCCUCCUUCAGACUACAGUUAAUUGACUUGGGUAGAGUUGGAAUCGAGUUUUUCUCAUAACUAUAGGGUAUUCCUGAGAAGUACAUAGCUGUUGAGAUAUCUGUUGCCAUAUCGCAGUUCACUGCAUAGUAUGUGUAUUUCCCAGAGGAUUUUAUAAUAAUUUGAUAUUCUAGACUAGGCUGGCUAGCCUUUAGACAGUACUUUUGCCUUCUGGUAGUGUAAGCAUUUUGGUUACCAGGUUUUACAUGAUCUCACAUUUUUCAUAUC